CUAUCAUUCAACCAAAGAAUGCGCAUAACUUCGCCAUAAAGAAGCACCAUUUAUUACUGAAAUUCUGUACUGACAUACUCUGAAAUACCUAUUCUAUGGCACGAUCCGCCAUCGUGCAGGAGUACGACUCUCAACAGCCCACCCGCUCCGUCACCUUCAGCCUCGAUCAAAAGACCACGCACGAGCGACAGAACAAUGGCAUCACACGGCCGCAAGGAUACAAAGUGUCGUGGCACGCCAACCCAGCUGUCGAAGCGCAUCACUUCGGUCAGUCCCAUCCUAUGAAACCAUGGCGCUUAACCCUCACAAAACAACUUGUCCUUGCAUACGGAAUGCACCAUGCGAUGGACCUGUAUCUCUCGCGCGCAGCGACAUUUGAAGAAAUGGCGGAUUUCCAUAAGGAGGACUAUUUGGACUUUUUACGACAGGUUAUUCCCGCUGAUAUGGAAGCUGCCGAACAAUCGGAUCGCAUCGCAAGUUACAACUUUGGGGACGACUGUCCAAUUUUUGAUGGGCUGUAUAAUUACUGUUCGUUGUAUGCAGGGGGUACCGUGGACGCAGCACGCAAAUUGGUGAACAAUCAAUCUGAUAUUGCUAUCAAUUGGUCUGGGGGUCUUCAUCACGCAAAGAAGUCGGAAGCCAGCGGAUUCUGCUAUGUUAACGAUAUCGUCUUGGGAAUUCUUCAACUGCUUCGACACCAUCCGCGAGUUAUGUAUAUCGACAUUGAUGUACAUCACGGUGAUGGAGUCGAGCAAGCGUUCUGGUCUUCUGACCGUGUCCUCACAGUCUCAUUUCAUAAAUACGACAAGGAUAAUUUCUUCCCAGGCACAGGCGCCCUCGAUAGCACCGGCCCUUCGCACCCACUCAACCCUGGCGCUCACCAUUCCAUCAAUGUACCCCUCCACGACGGGAUCGAAGACGACGACUAUCUUCAACUUUUCAAGGACGUUAUAGGCGCCUGCGUCGAAACCUACCAACCGGGCGCAAUCGUACUACAAUGCGGUGCUGACAGUCUCGGCUGCGAUCGCCUGGGCUGUUUCAAUCUCAAUGUAACCGGUCAUGGCGCUUGCGUCUCCUACACUAAGACAUUCGGUAUUCCACUUCUCGUUGUCGGCGGCGGUGGCUACACACCACGUAACGUAUCCCGCGCCUGGGCCCAUGAGACAUCUAUCUUGAUCGAUGCCGUCGACAAAAUCGACCCUAAUAUCCCCGACACAGUCGCCUUCCGCAACCACUUCGGCCCCGAUUACAGCCUUUUCCCCAAACUCUCAGAAAUGCGCAAGAUUGAAAACAAAAAUUCAAAGCCGUAUCUUGCAAAUGUCGUCUCGGCCAUCCGUGAACAGUUGAGGUAUAUGCAGGGAGCGCCGAGUGUGCAGAUGAGCUAUAUCCCGCCAGAUAUUUUGGGGAUGAGAGAGGAUAUGGAGAAGGAGAUUGAGGAUGAACAAGAUAUGAUGGAAGAAGAACAAGAUGAUCGUGAUGGUGCGGGUGUUUCUACAUCGCGAGGCGGUACUGGGAGACGACGGGAGCUGGAACGCGGACUUGGUUCACGAGGUGAAUUAUCUGUGUGAUUUAUGUUUCUGUCUAUUGGAUAUAUCUGCUGCAGUACAACAGUCGGCGUCCUUGGUGAACAUUUGUUGGUAAAUUUGGAUUAUGGGGUUGGCGUUUUCCUCCGUAUGUUGAUUGUCAAUUGACUGAUACUCUCUGUACCACACUGUACAUAUUCAGAGAAUAGCGUUGACUGUAAAUACGACUUACAGAAAUUGUUUACAGAAUGAGAUUGUAUUCUCAUAUUUUCAC